AUGUGGCGUUUGCUGUGCCAAGCACGGUUGCAAGUGGCAGUCCGACAUGCCUGCCGGCCCCGGAUUCGGCCCGUGCAAGCGGCGGGCUUCAGGGGCUUCUCAGCGCCACCAGGCCCGUACCAAGAGGAUCGCGACCAAGCUCGGGAGUUCGUGAUCGAGCGUGGGUACUCGCCGGCCGUUGCGGAUGGCAUCCUCACAGCACUGGUCUCGCCAGGCUCUGGGAUCUUCCCGGGGAAGUUGCUGACGGCGGUGCAAGGUUUAGCCGGUCGCUGGGAGGUUGGCGAAGACGCAGGCCUGCAUGCCCUGGCGAAGAGCGUGGAGCAGGACUUGAGUGCUCAGGAGGGCAAGACGCUUAUUCGUUUCCAGGUCCAAGCUCCGGGAGCGCAGCCCUUUCCCUGCGAAGGCUUUGAGGGCAUGUCUCUCAAGGAGGUCGCCGAGCACGGCCGUGGCGAGGGCGCCGCUCUUCUGGCGGAAUACAUCGAGUGCGCCUGCAGUGGCGUCAUGGCCUGCUCAACAUGCCACGUCUACCUGGACGAGGCCUCGUUCAAGACGGCAGGGCCCCCAGACGACGCAGAGCAGGACAUGUUAGAGCUGGCGUUUGAACCCCAAGAGACGUCACGCCUGGGCUGCCAGUUGCGGCUGACGCUGGGUUUUACAAGGCUUCAUCGAGAUCCUCAGGCGGCACAGGCAGGAGCUGGAGGGUAUGACGGUGAGCAUCCCGGGGGGCGCAAACAACAUGUUCGAUCAUAUUCCUUUCGAGUGAGCGACGGUGGCACAUGGGCAUAG